UUCGUCGUAUUCUUAAUAUAAAAAAUAAAAUAGAAUAAAUAAAUUUACUACCCAGCAUACAUGUAAUCAUUAAUAAUAAUCGAAGUUUAUUGACGAUUGUGUCGCAUAUACGAGUAACGAUAGCCUUGUUAUUUUCCACGUAUAUCACAGUAUCAUUCAAUUUUGUGUGUAAGCAAUAUAAUUAUCUGCGCAUGCGCAACACGUGAAACAAGAUCUGCGGAAUGACGUGACUGCUCUUGUGUGGUAUGCCGCAUGCAUGGAUUGAUAAGAGGUAAAAAACAACUGUUCAGUAUAUUCGUGUACGGUCGACAACAUAUGGGAUCAACUUUAUCAUGGAAAUAUAGAUUCUAUAAUCAAGAGUUGUAAAAUCCAAUAUCGAUGCGCUCAAAGAAAAAUGCAACAAGGAAGAAGAUUUGUUACAACGGUGCUCAAUGGCGUUACCAGUGCUAAGCUCACCGGAAAUCUCGUUCGCUUUAACACGAGAAGAAUUGGAUAAGAGUUGCGUCGAGUUGCGUGUCGGUAUAAAGUGCAUCGAUAACUACACAGAAAUAUGUAUGGAAAAAAGCGAACAAGUUAUGUUUAGGCGGAUAUACGCCGGUAUAACUGAUGUUGUUCAAGAGCUUUGCACUAGAGGGAAGUAUCAAGAUGAAUAUCUUCGACAUGCAGAUUGUGUGAAGAAUGUAAGGCAGGAGUACGAAGUUUGCAGCAAGAACUAUGAAGUGACGCUCACGACUCUAAGCAAUCACCAGAAGAAAGACCAGUAUCACACAGAUGAAACUCAAGUCGCAACGAAUCAUGAAGAUUAUCUAAGAACAGUUUGUUGUUCAUUCCAAGAAUACUUGAUGUGUUCGGAGCUGACGGUUCAGAAGUCGUGCGGGGAUGACGCCGCUUUAUUCACCAGUGCAUUCCUCAAACGAAUGGCUUCUAAUAUUAUUAAGAACUUUUGCCUCGAAUAUCGGGGCCAGGAAUGCGGAUUAUCAAACAAAGUGACGACAAUGCAUCACAGGUUACAAAUAAUUCCUGUGACGCUUUUAGCGUUUCUAUAUCCCUAUAUCACUAGCAAAUUAGUUCCGGCGUAAAACCUCUUUGCAAGUGAACAAAGAAAUCGAUUUUUAAAAUUAGAACACUAAGGUAGAAGCGCGGGUUGCCAGUAAUUAGUGUGGAAGAAGUUUGUUGCGAGUUACAAUGAUGCAACGUUCAGUGAACUGUAAAUAAUUAAUGUAGGUAGAUUGUUUCAGUUUCUCGGUUAAAGGUGAAACUAAAGUUUGUGUUUUAGCAGUUUAUUUAAAAUAUAACCGGCAAAGCCAGGUUUGUUUAUAUAGAUAUACUUUAUUAUAAUUCAAUGAAUAAUAAUAAAAUAUAAUCCAACAUUGUUAUUGUUAAUCUCAACUUCCACCUCAAGUUAUCUAUUCGAAUACUAUUCACUUUGUAAAUAAAUAAUUUACUCGUAACAUGUAUAUAUUAUGAGAGCGGCAUUUGAAUUUAGAAUGUAUCAAAUUUUCGUUACGUUGUAAAUUUUAUAAAUUAUAUAUCGUUUUUUUUUUUAAUAUGUAUAAAAUUAUUUUACGUAUUACGUAACAAAACAGCGUUGUGUUUCUGUAAUUAUCUGUCAUGCAUAUUAAUUUUGAACCUAACCAGAAAAAUCUGAGCAAAAUUUAAAACAGUUCUUUGUAAAUAUUAUUUAAAUGAAGGCUAUUUUUUAAAACAAAAAAAAAAUAUAUACAUAUAUUUGUCCAUCCUAUUAUAAUUUAUUAUGAGGUAAUCUUUAUUUAUUUUUUAUCUGUCUAUAAGUUUCGCGCCAAAAAUGAGAGAUUAAUUUCGUUUGUCAUAAUUCUUAAAUAAAAAAAAAAUAGACGACGUUACUUAUUAGUUUUUGAAAAGUAAUAAAUUUCUAACAAAAGUUAUGCGAAUAAUGAUUAAUAUUUAGUUCGUCUUUAGUGUGAUAGUGUAAAAAUUUUAUUCGAAUAUUUGAAGUGUUAAGUUUUUUGCCUACAAUUUGUACAAUUUUAAAUAAAUUAAAUAAAAAUAUUUGUUCAAUUAUACUUUAGCUCUAGACACUUUAAUAAAUACUCAAAAACUUAUUAGGUAGGUAUAUAAAGAGUUUUUUUAAAUGAUUUAUGAUCUGUUCCUACUGGCAGCUAUUAAGUAAAUAAUUUAAUUGAUUGUAUUUGCCAUUAUUACAAGUUGUAGGGAUUUUUGCAAGCCUUUUUGGAGCCAUUCUUGAUCACUUGUGUAGAAGUGGCUUAAAUUUUUCAUUUCUUAUGAAUGAAGGUGACACUUCCUAUAAAAUGACAAAUUGAAUCGAUGAUCUUAACCACGAAAUUAAAAAAAAGAAGAUUAUAAUGUCAUUCUAUCACAACGUGGACCACUAUCGUAAACCUAUUUAGAGUUGCCUUUGUUAAUUUAUUUUAAAUAAUUUAGUACUUAAUUGUAAUUUGUAAACUUGUUUAGAGAUAUACAUGUAUGCAUUAGUGUUUAACGACAAUACUUACUGCGGCUGAAUAUUUGUAUAUAUAUCUAUCUUAUAUAUAUAAAAUAGUUUAUUAUAUGUAUCAAUAUAAUUUUUCGUUUGUAAUAUGUAUGUUGUAUAGUAUAUAAAGUGUCUUAGAGAUAAAAUAUUAUUGUAUUCGUUUAUAUUAUUUAAUAUUUAGCUCAGAACAUCCUGUGAUAGUUGAUAUGUAUGUGCUAUGAAAGGUCAAUGAGAUUUUUGUUAACUUCUGUUCUAAGUACAUAAUGAUUAGAGACUGCGUGUAUUAAUUAUCAGACACCGUAGCAAGUAGCGAAAAUGUAAAAAAUAAUUAUUACCAUAAAAUGUUUUAUUAAUUGAA